GCCAAUCCGCGUACCAAACCUUCCCAAAACCCUAAUUUCGCAACCCCGUUUCCUCCUUAAACCCUCCACACCCACCACGCAUUCCUCCGUAUACGAACGAAAACCCUCCAGCCAUCGCCACCACCCUGAAACGCCAAUGGACCCACAAGCCGUAAAAUCGGACUUAGUCCUGAUCCUGGACUUUGGCUCCCAGUACACACAUCUCAUCACUCGUCGUAUCCGCUCUCUCUCAAUCUUCUCCCUCUGCAUCUCCGGUACUUCCCCUCUCUCCUCCAUAACAUCCCUCAAUCCAAAAGUCGUUAUCCUUUCUGGCGGACCCCACUCGGUCCAUUCCGAUGAUUCACCUUCGUUCGCUGAUGGGUUUGUUGAGUGGGCCCAGUCCAAUGGGGUUUUUGUUCUGGGUGUCUGUUAUGGGCUUCAGUUAAUUGUUCAGAGACUUGGUGGUGAAGUUAGGGUUGGGGAGAAGCAGGAGUAUGGGAGGAUGGAGAUUGAGGUUGAGAAAAGUUGUGGUCUUUUUGGUGGGAAGAGGGUCGGAGAUAGGCAGGUUGUUUGGAUGAGUCAUGGAGAUGAGGCUGCUAGGUUGCCUAAUGGGUUUGAAGUGGUGGCUAGGAGUCAGCAGGGUGCCGUCGCUGCAGUUGAGGAUAAGGAGAGGAGGUUUUAUGGGUUGCAGUAUCAUCCUGAGGUUACACAUUCUUCAGAAGGGAUGGAAACUCUAAGAUAUUUCUUGUUCGAUGUUUGUGGAGUGAAUGCUGGUUGGAAAAUGGAAGAUGUAAUGGAUGAAGAAAUUAAGGUGAUCAACAACAUGGUGGAGGCCGAUGAUCAUGUUAUCUGUGCUUUAUCCGGAGGUGUUGAUUCCACAGUUGCUGCAACCCUAGUUCACAAGGCAAUUGGAGAUAGACUUCACUGUGUUUUUGUUGACAAUGGUUUAUUAAGGUAUAAGGAGAGAGAACGUGUGAUGGAAACCUUUAAUAGGGAUCUACAUUUACCUGUUACUUGUGUUGACGCAACUGAUCAAUUUCUUAAUAAGCUAAAAGGGGUGGUAGACCCUGAGAUGAAAAGGAAGAUAAUUGGAAAAGAAUUUAUCUGCAUCUUUGAUGCUUUUGCUCAAGAAUUGGAGCAUAAAUUAGGGAAAAAACCUGCUUUUCUGGUUCAAGGAACUUUGUAUCCUGAUGUGAUUGAAUCUUGUCCUCCACCAGGCACUGGAAGAACUCACUCUCACACAAUUAAAAGUCAUCAUAAUGUUGGAGGGCUUCCCAAAGACAUGAAAUUAAAGCUCAUUGAGCCACUUAAACUUCUAUUCAAGGAUGAGGUUCGUCAACUUGGAAGGAUAUUGAGCGUUCCUGAGCCAUUUUUAAAGCGCCAUCCAUUUCCUGGUCCCGGCCUUGCAAUACGAGUCUUGGGCGAUGUAACUGAAGGCAAUGCCUUGGAUAUUCUACGACAGGUUGAUGAAAUUUUUAUUCAGUCAAUCAAAGAAGCUGGUAUUUAUGACUCAAUUUGGCAAGCUUUUGCUGUAUUUUUGCCUGUAAAAUCAGUUGGAGUUCAAGGUGAUCAAAGAACGCAUUCUCAUGUUGUUUCUCUCCGAGCUGUAACAAGUCAAGAUGGAAUGACAGCAGAUUGGUACUGUUUUGAACACAAGUUCCUUGAUGAUGUUGCUCGAAAAAUUUGCAACAACGUUCGUGGUGUGAAUCGUGUUACUCUAGACAUUACAUCAAAGCCCCCAUCAACAAUUGAAUGGGAAUGAUGCCGUUGGAUAUCAGUAACUACUCCAUAGUUGUGUAGAGUGAGGUGAUAUAUUUGUCAUGUCAUUACUCUCUGCUUCUGAUGACAAGAGAAGAAAAUGAGUCUCGCAGAAUUUCUUAACAUGAGGGACUGGCUUUUUAAGGUCUAUGUCCAUAGUUAUAUUACCCUUUUUUUUUUUUUGUCGACAAUGUAAAAAAAUUUCUGUUAAAACUUUUAUUAAACAUUGUACUACUUUUGGCAGUCAUAAUUUAUUUGUCCUUGGU